ACUCCUCCACAGUAACUACCAGGGAUGCUGGGUAAUGUCGGGUAUAUAACCGCAAACCUCAACUGAACCUGAGUCCUGUCCUCCACAGUCAUGGCUGCUUCUUCGGUUCGUCUGCUGCUGGUCGUGGUGGUCUGCAUGGUCGCUGCCUGCACGGCGCAGUUCUCCCUCUCUCUCGGCUAUCCUGGAUACGGCGGCUACCAGUACCCAGGGUACAACAGUGGAUACGGAGGUUACGGCAGACCCGGCUACGGCGGUUACGGUGGCAGACCCGGUUACGGUGGCUAUGGAGGCCCUGGAUACGGUGGCUACGGUGGACCCUAUAAUGGAGGCUAUGGAUACUACCGCUGACCUACAGGCAAGACAAGUCGACCUACAGGAUGAUGAAGCUGCAGAUGUACUGAUACUGUGAUAAGAUCAACUCUUUAAUUAGAUUUCAAAGUUCAAAAUACUGUGUUCAGGUUUUUUUAACAAAACGGAAAUAAAUUAAUUUUGACUAAAGUC